AUGACAAGUUUAUGUACAGAAAAGUUGUGUAUAGAUGCUGUGGUGUCUCACCAAGGUUCGCCAUCUUUUCGCUAUAGCAUUAUAUUCAGCGAUCCGUGUUUCUCGUACAUAGUUGUAGAAUUCCGCGAUGAUUGCCUCGAGAUUGUCGAAUGUAGUUCAGAUCAUACCCAUAGUAAGCAGAGUAUUCCAUGGACUCCUCCUUUUGUGAUAUUAACUGGAGGGAACUAUGUUGAGCCAGAUCCGGAAUUCUAUGGUGCUUUCAAGAAAUUGUUUGAAUGUGUUACGUUUAAUUCCUUUGAAAUGCUUCAGAAGCAUCUCGAAAACUUUCAAGAGACUACAGGGGCCUGUUAUAUUCGACGACAUACAACUAAAUUGCCCGAUUCACAUAUUCAUGCCACAACUUGUGUCUAUCGGCGACUAACGCUUGAAUGCAAACGUUCCGGUACUUUCAAAAGCCGCUCUGAACGCGGGAUCUGUGGAAAGUCGAAAAUGAUUAACUGUCCAGCAAAAAUAAAUUUUGUUUAUGAGAAUGGCGCUCUUAAAAUUCUAAACUAUAAUCUGAGUCACAAUCAUCUCCUUGUUCCUGCUCCUGGGCCCAAGAAACCGCGAACCUACAAGCGGAAAAUAAUUUUUAAAUCCGAGACUGACCUUCGAAAUCUCUCGGCCCAGAUUCCAACAUUAACUGCUUCAACUAUCCUGCGAAGGCGAAAACGAAUGCUGAUCAAGGAUAGUGUCUACAACUCAGAAUCAGCCACAAUUCCUGCCCGUGACGAUUCGAGGCAGCAGCCUAUUACUCAAUUUAGCAGAUUACGUCAACUAAUGACUGAGGUGAUAAAUCAAGACUCUUCUGGAUAG